AUGUCCACGGGAAAGCGAUUGGCUAAACGGAGCAUCAUCGGGACGCGUGUUUGUGCUCCGGGUAACGAUGGAAUGUACUACAGUGGAGUGAUUCACGCAGUUAAAACUCCGGCCUCGACAAUCGCCUCGGAGUCCGCUGGUUUAAGGAUUACACCCAAGACCCGGUACUCUGUGAGGUUCGACCCGGUUCCUGGAACCGCCAGGCCCCCGAGUCCUAGCACUGAGUUCGCAGAUCGCGACCUUAUUGGUCCAGGGUUCGGGUCUGUCACCAGCGCCAGGCUUGUUCCAGGACAAAGAGUCUACCUGACGUUCAACGGCAGGGAGGUUAACGCUCAGGUUACCCAACAUCGAGAACAUCUGGAUGAAGUAGACGUUGUUUUCGCUCCCACUGGUCAGGAGGGAACAAUGAGACUGACAAAGCGGAUCGACGAGAUUCGUCUACUGGAAUCGCGAAAGAGUGCGCGAUUAGCGGAUCAAGACACGGACUUUGCAAGACUAGCAGAUAUGGCCGGCGACCGCAAACGCGCCUCCUCUCACUCAAUAGACGUGCCACACGUACCCGGAUCGCGCAAACGUAGACCAAGUUCCGGGAACGAAUCAGACCGAAGUUCCUACAGCGGAUGCUGCGUAACGGAAAACGGCGUAAAGAUCUGCCACAAUUCGAAAUGCUGCGGCCGCGCCCCGGAAUCUAGGAACCGCGAAGGGGGAAUGGACGAGUGCACAGCAGCGCUGGUGUUGAUGUCGCUGUCCUGCUCUCCGCACAGUCCAAACCACCCUUUGCAGCAAUGUUCCAGCCAGUUCCAGUGUUCCAGGAACAACAGAAUGAGCGAGGUGGUAGUCGGAACGCCUUCAAGCCACAGCAACAGCAGCUGCGACGCCUCCUGGAGAACUGGAACCCCAUCGCCAACUCUGAGCGAAGACGCGGUUCCUCUGACCAGCUCGCCGCCCGGGUCCUCGACCUGGCCGGUUCAUUCCAGGCCCGGAACCUCCAGGAACUCCGAGGACUUGUUCGUCAACAAGUCCGACGGCUCCUCCGGCAGCACUCCGACUUCUGGCACCUGCGACGAAGGCAUCGUCAUGGACCUUGAGGAUUACCUUGAAGAAAUGCAGCCACGUAAGAAAAAAAGAGAUUUCAAAAACGCAUCUGAUCGUCAGAGCCCGACAUUGAAGACAAAGAGCUACGAGUUUGAUAAAUCGGAAACGGUUUCGAUGGUAUUCAAGUGUACUUGGCCAGGUUGCACAGAAAUACGUACAACAUGUCCCCAGAUUGAGAAACACGUCCGCCAGACACAUCUUGGCCCGAAAAAAGUCCAGGAUGACGAUGAUGAAGACGAAGCUUUGUCAGAUCAUGAGGAAGAAUUUUAUUACCAAGAAAUCGCGGUUAAUCACAUGAGCUCACCACCCACAAUGUCCCACCGCGACAUGGCACGUCCUCCCCACGAGGAUCCAGAGUACCAGAAACAACUUCGUCUGGAAGUUAAACAACCACCUGCGGUGGUUGUUCCUACCAACAAUUCUACUGGUCAAAUUUCCAAGGAUCGAUUCUUCAAUUUUAGAAUUUCACCAAUUCGUCCUCGCUCGCCGGCGACGCCGAUAAAGUCGAUGAAACAAGCCAGACAAUUGAACCACCAGAACAUGAACAUUGUCACCGCAGUGACGGCUACUCUAGGAAAAACUCCGUUAAACUCGAUGCCGCGUCGGGCUAGAGGAGAUACCAAGAAAUGUCGGAAGGUCUACGGAAUGGAGAACCGCGAACAAUGGUGCACUCAGUGCAAGUGGAAAAAAGCCUGCAACAGGUUCAUCGCGAACGCAUGA